AUGGGCGAUGGACAAUGGGUGCCUGACAUUUCAGUAGACACAUGUAUGCUCUGCCGCACUGAAUUUGGCUUUUGGAUCCGUCGCCACCACUGCCGUCGAUGUGGGGCCGUCGUUUGUGAUAGCUGCUCUGGUAGUCGCACUAAAUUUAUAUAUAAGGAGAUCACCCCGAACAGUCUAGCUGACGUGGACUGCCGCGUGUGCGAUGCGUGUAUCCGUGUCAUCGACAAAAAAUUAGCGCUGGGUGUCAAUCGUCGCUUUGGUAUGAGCACAGCGGCGGUCGCACUUGCGACCAGAGAGAGCAACAAUCAACAGGAACAUUUACCAACGACUCCGCUUGAGCCGGACAAAGGAGGCAAUCGAACGGUCUUGACUAUGGGCAGAUAUAGAGCGGAAAUUAAGGAAUCGGAAGGAAAUCGCUACAUCCGCGAUGUAGACCUGUAG